AUGGGAAAUGCAAUGAAGACUCCAUGCUUUCACAACAGCACCAACUCUUCAUCAAAGAAGUUCGUGAAACUCGUAUUCUGGGAGGGAACAUCAAGAUCCCUCAAGGGGAAACACAUAGCUGGUGAGAUCAUGUUUGAGUUCCCUGAGAUGAUGGUGUGCCAUGCAGACUCUUUCUUCAUCGGACACCCUAUCCCUGCUCUCUCCAUCGAUGAUCAACUCAGGCCUGGCCAAACCUACUUUGUUCUCCCCAUUGAUCGCUUUGCAUGCAACACCCUCUCCGUGGCCUCCAUAUCAGCCUUUGGAUCUUGCCCUAACAAGUCCCCCAUCAAGUUUGGGGCGUGCCCUUUUGAGUACUUGAAGGGUUCUGAUGGAAGGGUUGUUAUCAAGGUCAUGCCUGAGUUCAUCACAAGCCUCAUAAGUGGUGGAGACAAAGAGAACAAUGGUCCUCCUGGUAGCCCCUCAAGUUUCCUGUGCAGCACUCCUGAGCUGCAAAAGCACUAUGAACAGCUUGUCAAGUCCAAGGACCAGGUCUGGUCUCCUAAGCUUGAAACCAUUUCAGAAUACAAAAUUAGGUUUUCGCCAUGCAGAUUCAUAGGCUUAGAGUGGAAAGAAAAAGAAAAGCCUGCGGAAAUUUUUACCAGAUAG